AUGACGAACUCGUUGUGCAAGCCAUUUUACAACACCAUCAACAUGAUGCAGCACUUAGCCUGCUCCAGGUCUAAAAACUACCAUUAUAACACCAUUAACCCUUCCCUCCCUGUAUCUCUCUUUCUCCCUGAGCUCUAUGUUUUCCUUGUGGACCCUCUUACCUUAGAGAAUGGCACUUCCCAGGGAGGGUCAAAGCGAGGACUUGGACUUAUAGUAAUGGGUACAGUGACUUUUAUCACCUUGCUUGUUUCCCUCACCGCCACCACAGUUGCACUUACUCAGGAAAUUCAGACUGCAGCUACUGUCAAUGAGCUGAUGGACAAUGUUACCUACAACUGGGACCGGCAAGAAAACAUAGAUCUGGCCAUUGAACAUUGCCUGAAUGGACUGUGUGAUACUGUUAACUUACUUGGGGAUACUUUGGAGCAGGUCGUGGUCUGGCAACGCCUUGCGUGCCAUGCUGAUUAUCACUCCAUUUGUGCUCCCACAUUAAUGGGGCUUGCCUGGACCCAGACCCUCCUGAGGGGUCCUCUCUUGCUGCCCAUGCUCUGGGCACUCCUGUCCUCUGUGUGCAGUUCCCAAGGCCCACCAGCAUGGCAUUUCACUUCUUCUGAAAUUGUGAUUACCCAGAAAGUGUCCCACAAGGUAAGUGGACCUGACAAGACAGGUUGGCUAUUCUAUAGCAUGCACUUUCAGGGACGAAGACACAUACUUCACAUGAAGAUCAAGAAGAACUUGCUACCCAGACAUUUUCCUGUGGUUACCAACAAUGAUCAAGGUGCCAUGCAGAAAGAUUACCCAUAUGUCCCCCGAGACUGUUAUUAUUUCAGCUACCUGGAAGGGAUACCUGGGUCCAUGGCAACACUGGACACCUGCCGCGGGGGUCUACAUGGCAUGUUGCAGCUGGAUGAUUUAACCUAUGAAAUCAAACCAUUGGAGGCUUCUUCCAAAUUUGAGCAUGUGGUUUCUCUACUUGUGUCAGAAGAAGGAUCAACAGGGGUUGAAAGGUGUGAGAUUGAAUGGGAAGAGCUGCAUCAAGGAUUUGAAGAGGAAAAACUUGCUGAAACUCCUAGAGCAGGACCAGCAUAUCUGUGGGUGCCACACAGGAGAUAUUUAAAACUCCAUUAUACAGUUUCUAAUUCAUUGUGGCAGAGAAAAGAAAAUUUUACACAUCACAUAGAAGGUGUUGUGAUUAUAAACAACAUACUUGACACCAUUUUUAUACAUGUUCAUUUCUCGGUCCAUGUACGUGUGCUCUGCAUAUGGGAUGGGUUUGAUAUAGUGAAUCUUUAUGAGGGUAAUGCUAGAUACACACUAACAGAGUUUGGUUUGUGGAAAUUUUAUGGAUUUUUUCAACUCAUUCCUCAUGAUACUUCACUACUUCUUACAGCACAUAAGCUAGGACAUAGCACGUAUUAUGCCCACCAGGGGGGAAUAUGCAAUCCAAACUGGGGAGCAACAUAUGUAUUUAUGGGAAGAUAUCAUUUAUUUAUCACUGCAACUAUCGCAGCACAUGCGUUAACUCAUAACUUUAAUAUUUACCAUGAUUCAUCAGGUUGUCACUGCUUUCGUAGAACUAACUGUGUCAUGGCUGAUUCACCUGGUCUUCUAGAUACAUUUAGUAAUUGUACUUAUGGACAUUUCCUUCAUGAUCACAACAAAUGGGAUCCUUGUUUGAGCUGGCAGAAUGUUCCAUAUUACAAUUAUCCUUAUGUAGCUUCUCGUUGUGGAGACAAGAUUGUAAAUCAGAAGGAAGAAUGUGACUGUGGAUCCUUUAAAGAUUGUGCUCAAGAUAAAUGUUGUGGAACCAAUUGUGCCCUGACCUUUGGCAGUUUAUGUGAUCAAAGAAGUUGUUGCAGUAACUGUAAAUAUGACCCCCCUGGAAGAAUUUGCAGAGAUACACUUGGAAUUUGUGAUCUACCAGAAUACUGUGAUGGGAAAACACAUUUGUGCCCAGAAGACAGUUAUGUCCAGGAUGGAACCCCUUGCUCGACAGUAGCCGUAUGUAUAAGAGGAAAUUGUAGUGACCGCGAUUUGCAGUGUCAAGCCCUUUUUGGCUAUCAAAUAAAAGAUGCGGUACCAGCAUGCUAUGAACAACUUAAUAUAGUAGGUGAUCGAUAUGGAAAUUGUGGGGUGAGAUUAGUAAGCGGUGGAGGAAAAUCUGUUGCAUGUGAACAUGAUGAUGUUUUUUGUGGAAUGCUGCACUGUAGUGGUGUCCCACAAAUCCCUGAUGGAGGUGAUCACUCUACAUUUCGUCAUUUAGUUGUUUAUGAUGUUAAAGAAGAAAUAUGCUUUGGAUAUGAUGCUCACUUUGGGACACAAAAGCCAUACAUGGGACUUGUAGUGGAUGGUGCCACAUGUGGGCCAGGAAAAUACUGUCUUAACAAUAAUUGUACCUACUAUGAAGACUUACACUUUACCUGUAAUGUUUCAACAUGUAAUUAUAAAGGAGUGUGCAACAACAAGCAUAACUGCCACUGUAUACGUGGUUGGAAACCACCAGAUUGUGUAGCGAAAGGAUCAGGUGGAAGUGUAAAUAGUGGCCCUCCACCUGACAAAGAAUAUGCACUUCGAGCAAGAAUAAUUAUUAAUAUAAGCAAGAUACUUGUUACACUAAUUGGUCGUUUAAUACUUUUUCUGUGUUCAAUUUUGGUUGGUGGAGUUUCAAAAUUAAAAAAGAAGAUUAAAAGAAAAGUUGAAAUCUGGUAUUAG